AUGGGGAUUCUGUACGGCUGUGUGGGACAUGUAAUCUACAAGCAAACCAAGCAUUUUAAAGAAAUGAGGGAUCAGAGUGCAAGAAUUAAGCUACUCUUUAGUAAUUUAGCAGAAAAUGGAAGUACAAACCUAGAAAUAUUUGAUGCAAAUGUGGAUGAUAUCAGUGCUCGGAAAAACCAACCAAUUCACCCUCCUCUGACAGAAAUGAUUUCUGGGAAUGUUUCAAGCGCCAUGAGCAGUGCGUCCUCUGUGGAGGGUGGUAAAUCUUCCACUAUUAAGUCUAACAAAUCCACAAAGACAGACACAAGCACAUUGUCGCACCGGAAACGCUCACUCGCUCAUUCUCUCAGCACCGGUGCUAAGGCGCACAAAUCCAGCAUAAUGUUCAUUGCAAUUACAAUCAUAACAAUUUUAUCCUUUAUUCCGACAUGGAUUUUUGUCCUCUUUGAUUCCAGUGAUCCCGGUAGAUGGUUUCGAGUUUCAAACACGGAACUUCAGCUGUUUCUGUUCAUGAGAUGUUUGCAUGCUAUUGGAUAUACUGCUAAUCCGGUGAUAUAUGCUUAUUAUGACAGAUCGUUUAGAAAGGAAAUAAAAGCAAUGUUUUGUAAACAGGAACCUCUAAGGAGAGGAAUGUCAAGUUCCUCGUAG